AUGAUAUCUAGAAAAAAUUUAAAUUGGAAUUCUGUAUUACAGAUUGAAAUAAAACAAUUUAAUAAUCAACAGCCGACAAAUUUGGAUAUAUUCAUGUAUUUUUGUAAAUAUGUUCUAGUUAAUUUUAAAUCUGCAUUUGACAAAAUUAAAAAUGAGCAACUUUCAAUUUCAGAAGAAAUCUACUAA